AUGAGCCGCCAGCUGACUGCGCUGCGGACUCUCACCCAGGUGAAACUUCCCGUCUGGAGCGCAAAUUUCGAAGGUCGCAAGCCGACGUACACGUUCUCGCAGAAAGUCCGGGAAGUCAUCCUUUCAGAGCCCGAUGAUGCGCGCCAGCUAGCAGAGGAGACCGCGCUAGGCGGGAUAGGCAUAAUGCUGCGUGUAUUCAAUCUAAGGAGAUUAGCUCUUCAGCAGCCCUUGGUGGAGUCCCUGACCCCCUCACAGCGCGAGUCUGUCACCAAGUCGCUGCAGCAGCGUCUGAGUCUGAUCCAAGGUCCGCCCGGCACGGGCAAGACGCAUGUGGCAUGUGCCAUCCUGGCGAUUUGGGCCAGCAUCUUCGGUCCCUUGGGUGAGCGAAUCCUGGCGGUGGCCGACUCGAACGUAGCUGCGGAUAAUCUUUACGCCGCUCGGCUGGGCGCGUCGGGAAUCCAGGCUGUUCGACUCGGACAGGGAAAGGAGGCAGAUUACGACAUCUCACAGACGAUCAGGCAGUUGCAAACUGCCGCAGCCCCAGCAUGUCCGAAUGUUGGGCUAAAUCUCUUCAGCACAGUGCCCUUUGGACAUUCAGACGCGGGUGACGCCGGAGCUAGCAGCCUCAAACUAACCACCUACAUGGACUUCAAAGCCACGGUGGUUGUAGCCACUUGCAUCGGCAGCGGCACGGAGAUUGUAAACCUGAAGACUACAGGCGGCUCGUUCCAGCGCGUCUUGGUUGAUGAAUGUACCCAAGCAUGUGAGCCUGCUGUGCUUGUGGCACUUGGCCGGCGCUGUGAACAGGUCGUCUUGGUUGGAGACCAUGCUCAGCUUCCGGCUACCGUGCUCUCCAAAGCAGCUAGCCACGAGGGUCUAAGCACCAGCCUCUUCGAGCGAAUGGCUAAUCAGAACUGUGUCGAGCCUACCGUGCUUCUGGAGCAGCGCAGAAUGCACAGCUCCAUUGCAGAGUUUCCCAACAGCGCUUUCUAUGGAGGACGGCUCAUCAACGCUGCAGACGACGCGAGUUUGACUGCCAUUCCGGGCUUCCCCUGGCCAAGUCCUGAUUGCCGUGUUUGCUUCGUGGACGUCUCGCAGGGGCCCUCCAUGCUGGAGGGCCGACGUGGAUUUUCGGCCUUUAACGUUGCGGAGGCAGAAACUUUGGUGGAUGUUCUUCACAGCAUCCUCAGCGCCGGUUACCCCGCAGAGCAGAUUGUGGUGCUGACUGCCUACUUGGCACAGAAGCAGGAGAUCAGACGAGUCUUGCGAGACCGCGGGCUGAGCAACUAUCUGCAGCAUGUGGCCGUGGACACAGUGGAUGGCUACCAG